AUGUCUCACCGUGGUGACACCAACCCCCAUUUUGUCCGGCCAUAUCCGUCACAAUAUCCAGAACAACUUCCCCAAACAUCCCCACACAGUUCAUCGGUGCCACUCCCACAUCACCCUGGGCAGCACCCUGAGCAGCCCAACCUCAGACCACAAUGGCCUGGACCGCAUCCCCCCGAACAACAAGUUGAGCCAGGAACAAGACAAUUACAGCCACCCCGCCGGCCCCGGUCUAAGCAUCCGGCGGGUCAUUUGGUGUCAUUUCAUCCAAACCUUGAAGAACAUCCUCCUCGGACAGACCAGCAAACCCCCCACCUUGAUCAUGAAGACCAACAGCCUCGGACAAAACAUCCAGGCCAGAAAACCCAUGUGGCUGGCCCAUACGAUGAUCAUGAAGGAGAACAGCGUCCUCUGAAAAAGCAUCAAGGCCAGAAAACCCCCCCUAUAGUUCCAAUGGUGCCAGCCCCGCAUCAUGAUCGCGAAGACGAGCAACAUCGUCGGCCAUACCCACAAGGGCAGCCGCAUGGCCGGCAUACUCGCCAACAGGGCUUGCACGCACCACGGCCUAAAAAAACCAAUGUCCUCGCAUGGUCAGGAGCCAUUUGCUGUGCAAUUUUUUGGGUUCUCGUUAUCUUAACCGGCCUAGUGGUUCUCAUAGUCUAUCUUGUUUUUCGUCCCCGGACUCCGAAAUUCGACGUCUCUUCCGCCACACUAAACGCAGCGUAUCUUGACAUGGGAUAUCUUCUCAAUGCCGACGUUACAGUGCUGGCAAACUUCACCAACCCAAACAAGAAGGUCAGCGUUGACUUUAGCAACCUGAUCAUUGAUCUUUAUUACGGAAAUACCCGCGUUGCUACGCAGUACAUAGAACCCUUCUCUGCACAGAGGCGUCAGUCCAUGUUCGCAAAUGUUCAUAUGGUGGCUAGCCAGGUUCGUCUCGGUGUGCUGGAAAGCAUAAGGCUCAAGAAGGAGAUGGAGACCGAUCGGGCCAGAUUUGAGGUCAAGGGGUAUUUCCGAGCACGAGCUAACUUCGGAAACAUCCUCCGGUACUCCUACUGGUUGCACGGGGACUGCCAAGUUGUGCUCACUAGACCUCCUGAUGGAGUUCUGGUCGCCAGAAAAUGCAAGACAAAACAGUAG